GAGAGAGGGAGAGGUGAGCGGAGCAACGCGCCUCGCACUAUCAAGUGAAUCCAUCUUGGACAAGAACUCGCACGGAGUCGGGGCUGUGGGCUGCGCGCUGGCAUUUACAGGCAACUUCAGCUCCCCCUCUUUUCCUCCUCCUCCUCCUCCUCCUCAACACCUCCAGCUUCCCAGCGGAUCGUUGGCCGUCAUGGCCCGCGAAGGAGCAGGCGGCAGACACUUGGGCGAGCGGGGAGAAGUGUCGCCUCUUAUGCGCCUUUUUGCGCCGCAAACUGCGCCGAGUCCACGCGGAGGAGCUCCCAUGUGAAGGAGAAAGUGCGGAUCACAACCUGAAGGUCCCUGGAUCCAAAUGUCAGCCCUCCUGGACUAUGCCGAGGUCGGGGACCAGUGUUGUGUGACAGACAGGCGAGUGGAGCCUGUGGUGCCUCUCUGCUGCGUGGGUUCAAACAGUGUCUGGCUGAUCUCUGCAUGGAACAGCGAAUGUAGAGCACUGCUGUGGUUCGAUGUCUCGGCAUGGAUGGAUUCAGUCGGAGGACUGCCCGCCUUUAAACAACACCAUCGCUCUUCAACCGAGGACUGAGGAUUACUCUUCCACCCCGUUUUGUCGCUCAUGAAUAUAUGACUGAGAGGACUUUUUCUGGGUCUGAUUUUCAGUGGAUACGUACAAAGUUGCCUUUUUUUAUCCAUUUUCAUUGUUGCUGGUUCAUUGUUUCCUAAUUUCUUUUUUUUUUUCCAUUAUGGAGUUUCUCGCUGGACCCUGGAUUAAAGAUUGCGCUUCGUUUUUGCAGUUUUGGGUGACUAUAAUCUUAAGCCUCCAGAUGCAAUUCUGCACGGGUGCCUCUUGCCCAGAUGUGUGUCGUUGUGACAAAGGAUACGUGUACUGCAACGAACGCAGCCUAACAUCAGUGCCUCUGGGGAUAGGGGAGGGCCACAAGGUCUUGUACUUACACAACAACCAGAUCAACAAUGCUGGCUUCCCCGUGGAACUUCACAACCUGGCGUCGGUGGAGACGGUGGUUCUAUACGGCAACCAGCUUGAUGAAUUCCCUAUAAACGUGCCCAAAAACACUAGAGUGCUGCAUCUACAGGAGAACAACAUCCAAACUAUCUCCAGAGCAGCCCUGGCCCAGCUGACCAAACUAGAGGAGCUCCACCUGGACGACAACUCCAUCUCCACCGUGGGAGUAGAGGAAGGCGCCUUUAAGGAGGCCACGAGCCUCAAACUCCUCUUCCUCACCAAGAACCACUUAAGCAGUGUGCCCAUUGGCCUUCCCGAGGACCUAAAGGAGCUGCGGUUAGACGAAAACCGUAUUGCCGUCAUCGCUGAGGAGGCCUUUCAGAAUGUGACCCGCCUGCAGCGCCUCCUGCUGGACGGGAACCUACUGACAGACGAGGGCAUUGCGCCAGGGACAUUCCAGGAGCUGGACACCCUAAGGGAGCUGACCCUGGCACGCAAUUCCCUAACCUUCCCUCCUCCCCUGUUACCCAGCCAGUCACUGGUCAAACUCAGCUUGCAGGAGAACCAGAUAAACCAGAUCCCCGUGGCAGCCUUUGCUGAGUUGAAUAGGCUUGAAAAACUGGAUAUCUCCAGCAAUCAGCUUAAGAGCCUUACGCAGGGUGUGUUUGAUGGCCUGUCGAGCCUAAAGUUUCUCAUGGUGCGGAACAAUCCCUGGCACUGUGACUGUGGCGUGAAGUGGGUGGUGGUGUGGCUCAAGUCUUUACCUUCAUCUAUUAACGCCCGUGGGUUUAUGUGCUCCAGCCCAGAGAAGGUGCGUGGCAUGACAAUCAAGGAGCUUACCCUGGAUAUUAUCGAGUGCCCCAUCCUACCGGGCAAGCCACCCUGGCCCACGCUCCGCUCCACUCCUCCACCACCGCCAACAAUCCCGGCCACCACCAUGAUGUCCACCCUCAUCACUACAUCUGGCCCAUACUACUUAGACUCUCCCUCCCCUCCGUUACCUCCAAUCUAUAACAACGCUGGCCCCCUUCCCCCAUAUGAGGACCCCCUCCAGAUUUCCUUUCACGUGGUCAACUCCACUAGCAUUGAGGUGAGCUGGGCGUCGUACUUUACUGUCACGGCCUACAAAGUCACCUGGGUCAAAAGAGGCCAAAGCCAAAUAACUGAAGGGAUUCGCGAGAGGACGGUGAGCGGCGACCAACGGCAUAUCAGCCUUACCAACCUGGAGGCCCGGUCCGUCUAUCGGAUCUGUGUUCAUGUUUUGGACACCAUCAAUUACUACAGGCCAGGAGAGGAUACGAUAUGCUCAGAAGCCAGGACCAAGCACCCUUCAUCCGCCAACUCACCUGACAGAGGCCAAGCGCCUCAGGACAGCAUGAACUCCACGCUGCUAAUGGCUGGGAUCAUAGGUGGAGCAGUUCUUAUCAUCCUGGUAACGCUGCUCGGUGUCUUCUGCUGGCACUUGCACAGGAAGAGCCGGUCGUCUUCAACCAAGUGGAAAUACAAUCGCGGCAGGAGAAAAGACGACUACUGUGAAGCUGGAACUAAAAAGGAUAACUCCAUACUGGAAAUGACUGAGACCAGCUUCCAGAUAGUGGCUCUGAACAAUGAGCAGCUGCUCAAAGGAGAUUUCCGCAUUCAGCCCAUCUACGCGCCCAAUGGGGGCAUUGGAUUUAGAGACUGUCACCUUAGUAACAACAGCAUAGCCUACUGCAAGAGCAGCAAUGUGCCCAGUACAGAGUUCUGCCACACAUGAUGCAACCCACCACAAACAAUGGCAUUCGUACAUCAUUUGUGUAGAGGACGAAAAUAUACAAAUUCUAGUGAAAUAUAACUGUACUAUAUAUUUCCAAGUUCUGUCUAUGAUGUAAUUUAUACAGUGGAUAAUAAUGUGGGAUUCUCUGCUAUCUUUUUUAUUCUUAGAGGAAAAAAAAAGUCUUUUCUUUUUUCUUAUAACCAGCAGGGUUUUGAAAGUUGUUUUAAAAGGUCAGUACUGUACAUGACCAUGGGUUUGUACAAUCACAACACCCUGGGUUUAGCCUCUGCCGACUGGAAAUGAUGGUGACGCUUCAGAAGGACUGGCAUCCUUUUUAAUUUUUAUUUUGAAAUUCUCCAAACAACACCGCUCCUUCCCCCUCUACUCCCAUUGUAGGCCAGAGCAGCAACACAGCACAGAGGAAAGGCAAGCUGAUUAAAGCCCCGUUGAAAAAUAGAAGCGGUUGUUGUAAAAAAUAAAAAGAAUCAAAGUGCACUUUCUCAUGAAUGGUAGCCGGGCAGGAAAUGAGCAAGGGUGGUGAUCACAUGGAAGCCAACAGCUGUGCUGAGGGAAUGUCAUCAGUGCUGUUGAAAAGCCCGGCCAGAGAUUUCCCAAAAGGGUCAUAAACUUUGAAAGCAUCUUUGUUCUAAUAGUUUACAAAGACAAAGGUGGUUUCAGUCAAGCGAUACUUUAGGAAAUCGAAGCAAAGGGGAAAUGUCUUUUAUUUUUUUUACUUCGUGUUGGCUUUUAAAUAACAAAAGAAAAUGAUUUCUUGGAGGUAAACUGGAAUGCUGAGGCAUGCAAUCUCCAGAUUUUUUUGCUGUUCUGUUCUUGCUCUGGCCACAAGAGGGCAGUUUUUCCCUCACUGAAAGGGCAGAGGGAUCCCUUUACACUGCUCGUCCGUAAUGACGUGGAAGUGUUUAAAAACUAAUAGUACUUUUAGUCUUGGAAGGCUAAAAUGAUGAGUCAUUCUUUUCAUCUGCUGUGGCAUGAUUUCUGUCUGUGGUGAGUUUCGGAGUCGACUCACACAUAAUGCUAAUUACACACCCACAUAUCUGCGCCGUUUGCCUGGCAUCCAUUACACUUAAUGAUAAAUUAGGGAAAUUACAGUGAGUUCACACCCAACCCAUGAUCAUACACAGUGCUGUGAGUGAGCUCAUCCAAAUCCUUGUCAUUAUGCGCACGAGACCCCCCACCCUCGCCAUUUCAUUGAGGUUUUGCUCAUCUUGAACAAUGCACCUGCCUGUGUCCUCACAGUGAAAGCAAAAAGGUUUGGUUCUCCCCUCUUUACUGAGCGGCUGCACAUUCUGAUCUCCGCAUGGGCUCAAUUAAAGUGGUCUCCCCACCGCUUUCUCGUUGAAGAGGUCUUCAUUUAUGCACUCCUUUGGGUUUUUCUUUUUGUUUUUCUGAUCCUACGGGAUUUAUUUUUGAAGCGGCUCAACUUAAAAAGUUGCAUUCAUCCAUCGUCCUCAACCAAAAAAAAAAAAAAAAUGAUGCUGAAAAACAUUUAGACUUUAUUUUCACUUGGCUGCAUGAAGCUCACACUGGAAGAGAGUUGUUAACUCUGAAGCACACAGAUUCAGCUGUUGGAACAUAUUGUACAAAACCAGGCGUAGCAGUCAAAGUAACGUUUAAGGGCUUGUACUCCAGUUUUCUUUUUUUUCCCCCAGAGACUAUUGCCGAGAGGACUUAUCCUCAAAAGUAGCUGCAUUCACUGUUAAAUCGAGCAAUAGUUUAGGUCCCACAACAUUUGAAAGUUCCCAAUCCUAAUGUUUGAAAUGAUUAAGUGACAAAAAUGGGUCAAAUUUCCUGUCUCAACAUUUCUCCAUUUCAUUAAAUCCGAAAGUGUUAGCUUUGAUUUGGUAUUUUUUUGGCGUUUGUGAAAAAAAUAAAUAUAUAUUUUGAAUUCAAAGAAAUGGAUGUUAGUGAAAUAUUUAAAAGGAGGGAGUUUCUUUAAGACAAAGUGAUAGAUGUCGCUUUAGAGUAAACACAGUAAACACAAAGUUAGCUUUGUAAGAUUUAGGUUACCCUAGCACAACUUUGAGGCUUUAAGCAUUCAAAUUUAUUAUCAUACCGUUGACUUUAAAAUAUUUAUUAGAUUCGGUAUUAAGAUUAUGCUAGCAUAAUCUGACAGAAACACAUCUGCUGUUAUCUUGCUUAUUUUUAAGGUGAGCUUAAAUUGUCAGUGGUGCGACUGGAGAUUGGCAUUUUUGGAAAAACUAUAAAAUUAGGUUUCCAUGAAAGUAAAACAGUACAUAGUUUUAAGUCUCACGGCAAAUACCGAAAACUUGUGACAUUUUUAUUUUUUGCGUUGGUUAAUUCACUUUUUUUGAUAGUUGUUGCUAAAAACAAAGUUAGCUUUGUAAAAUUUAAUUGUAAUACAGCCACCAUUCAAAUUUUAGCUAUGUCCGGAUUCCUUCACUACUCACUACAUAGUGCACUAUGUAGCGCGCCAUUGUAGUGUUUUCCAGAUUUACAAUUCCAAAAUCAAGUGCCCUAAAAAUUUCCCAGAAGUCCCUGUAGAAAACCAAUGUGCAUCCAUGCUCACUAGAUUGGCAAAUGUAGUCCACAAUGCAUUGUGUUUGGACCAUUUUUCGUGAAAAAGUUUUUUUAAAUGUUAUUUUUUUAAUAAACCAUCAACUUUUAUCUUCAAAACACAGUGGGUUCGUUGAUAGUUUUUGUAAAAUGUUUGUAUUAAUUAGAUUUUCACUUCGUAAAAUUUGUGAUGUCAUAUUUGCCAUUUGAAAAAAGAAAAAAAAAGUAGUAAGCACGGCGUCCAAAUUGCUUUUAAAAUCCAGAGUACUAGAUUAUAAAGUUUAUAGUAGUUAGGGAGUUGGCGGAGAGUUUGGACAUAGCCUCCACGUCAUUCUGUUGACUUAAAUAUUUAUUAGAUUUGGGAAUAACAUUGUGCUAUAUGACAGAAAUACAUCCGCUGUUACCGUGGUAAUUCUUAAGGCGGGCUAACUAACUUAGAAUGUUACCAGUGCGACACAAGAUUGGAAUUAACUUUCUCUUUUCUGGGAAAAACAUGUAUUUUCUUUGGUAAAAUAAAACAGUAUGUGGUUUCAAGCAUGAUGACAAAUACCGAAAACUUGUGAUAUGAUAAUUUUUUUAACAGUUAUUUGAAUUUUUUCUUUUUUUUUGCUAAAAUGAUCUUCCCCAUAAACACACAUCUGACUGCUUUGAUCUUUUAAGACCUUUAAUUCACGCCAUUUAAAUUAACCCCUGUUAAAUUAACCCCAAACAGACCAUGGUGUUGUUUCAACUUGACAUACAAAAGCCCAAAAGUUUAGUGCCGUCACGUCAAACCACUGCAACAAGUAGUAUCUGUGAAUGUGUACCAGAGACAGAUACUUGCCUUACCUUCAUGCAGGUUCGAAUGAUUAACCAGGGAGGGCUAAGUGGGCAGAAUAAAAAGAGAAUAAAUAAAAACAAAAAAGCUGAAUGAAAGCACAUUUUAAUGAACCGUCUGCAGCAACAGCAGCCAAAAAAAACAUGAAGCAUGACUCAGCAGUCAGCAAAACCCCCCGCUAAAGCAUCAAAGACUAAGCAGUGCAUGGAUGACUAUUGUUGCUUUUACAGUGCAUUCGUUUUGAUUUAAAAAGAACUUGACUGGAGUUCUGUGAACACUAAAGAGGCUGCAUGUUUCAGUUCACAUGUUUUAAGGUGCAGGAAGGCCAACUUUCUUUUUUAAAGUCCCUUUAAUUUCUGAAGUUUUUUUUUUUUUUUUUCCGCAUUCUGAUUUUCUUGAAUUAUAGACAUGCCAGGAUUUGGAUUUUUUGUGUGUGUGUGUGUGUGUGUUUGUUACACAACAUUACACAACACAUGCACAACUUUUGAGGAAGUUUAUUAGAAAUUUACAGAUCAUGUGAUGCAGUCAGGUUAGUAAUACUGGCUUCUCACUUUAUGGACUCUGCAGUAUUACAUGGGUCAUUCAAAAUCGACACCUUUUCUUAGGAACCAAAGUUACCAUUUCUGUUUUCAUAAUGAAAUAUUGAUGUUUCAUGUAUGUGCCUUGAGGUUGAACUUACAAUGUAAAGUCUUUGAAACCUUUAAAUGUUUUUGCACAAACUGUAAAUACUUAAAUGAAGCUUUUUUUCAAAAUAAAAGCCAUUGGUUUGAGU